GUCACGCAACCUACCAUAAUAACGACUGAUUUAAAGAGAGAGUUUUUGAGACGCAUAAUUGAGGAAAUUCGUCGACACAGGACCUGGAUUCGCCAUGUCCUCGAAUUUACAUCGUCGUCUCGUGGGUUCGGGUCUACCACCCAAGGGCCCCACCCCCGUGGGGAGUGGGCGGAGUGGAGCGCGAUCCGGCCCCCGCUCAGCUCGUGAUUAUUCCCCAUUGCCAUGGUCUAAGUACUUCGAGGCUCAAACGUCGCUGGAGCUGGAUUCGGACCACGCCUUUCACCUCUAUUCGAUCGGACUCCAGCCCUCGUCCCCAACCCACCCCGAUUCACCGGCGCCAGCCCCGCCCAGUCCGGUCAUGGUCUUGUUGCACGGCGGAGGAUUUUCUGGCUUGACUUGGGCCUUGACGGCCCAGGCCUUGGCACACAAAGUCCGCGUGCGGGUUUUGGCCUUGGAUUUGCGGGGUCAUGGUCAGACGCGGACCUCGAAGGACCAUGAUUUAUCGGCCGAAGUCAUGGCUCAAGAUGUGAUUCGUGUGCUUCGCCAUCAGUUUCCGGAGGAAUUGCCCGAAAUCGUGUUGGUGGGGCACAGUAUGGGCGGAGCCUUGGCCGUGCAUGCCGCCUUAACUCAUCAGAUCGAUCGGUUGUUGGGCGUUUGUGUCAUUGAUGUGGUCGAAGGUUCGGCCAUGGAAGCCUUGGGUACAAUGCAAGGCUUUCUUCGGAGUCGACCGGACAAAUUCCCUUCCCUUGAAAACGCGAUCGAAUGGGACGUACGGAGUGGGCAGGUGCGAAACGCCGAAUCAGCCCGCGUAUCCAUGCCCGGUCAACUGAAGAACAUUGAAACUCAAGUGCCGGCCACGAUUGAUAUCGAUCAGGGCACCACCUCCACCGCCAAUCCCGGUCAAGAUGUGGUGAUGGCCGCUCCUGCCGAUGCCAUCCCCGAGGAAGAAGAGGAAACUAGUGGGGAGUUCAAAGCGCCAAGCCCGGUUUCGGUCAGAGCUUCCGCGCCAAAAUCUGGUUACACGUGGCGGAUUGACUUGGCCCGCUCGGAGUAUUAUUGGCCGGGCUGGUUCCAAGGGCUGUCGAACAAGUUUUUGUCGGUGCCCUGCGCCAAAUUGUUGCUUUUAGCCGGUGUGGAUCGCUUGGAUCGAGAUCUAACAGUGGGUCAAAUGCAAGGCAAGUUCCAGAUGCAAGUGCUUCCCCAAGCUGGACAUGCGGUGCAAGAGGAUAUGCCAGAUCAAGUGGCCGAUAUCUUGGCCACGUUCCUGGUCAGAAACAAGUUUGCCCAACCUGCGGACGAUUUCGAACGCACGUUUCCUGCCUGUUGAAUGAAUUAGAGAGUUUUAUGUAUA